AUCACCUCCUCCACCAUAUUUCCUCUCUCCUGUUUUUCAUCUCGAUCUCCUAGGGUUUUCGAUUUCAUCUUCCUCUUGCCGUUUUUCUCUCUCCUCAAAAAAAACAUCAAUGGCAGACACACAGAAGAAGGUGAUCUUGAAAUCCUCCGACAACCAGGAAUUCAGCAUCGACGAGAUUGUCGCGCUCGAAUCUCAGACUAUCAAGCACAUGAUCGAAGAUGACUGCGCCGACAACGCGAUUCCUCUCCCGAAUGUCACCGGAACGAUCCUGGCCAAGGUGAUUGAGUACUGUAAGAAGCAUGUCGAUGCUGCUGCCUCCAAAUCUUCUGCUGAGGAUAAUAGGUCUACUACCAACUCUGCUGCUGAUGAUGAACUAAAGACCUGGGAUGCUGAGUUUGUGAAAGUUGACCAAAAUACCCUAUUUGAUCUCAUUUUGGCUGCUAAUUACUUAAACAUCAAGAGUCUCCUUGACCUGACCUGCCAAACUGUUGCUGACAUGAUCAAAGGCAAGACCCCAGAGGAAAUCAGGAAAACCUUCAACAUCAAGAACGACUUUACCCCUGAGGAGGAAGAGGAGGUUAGGAGGGAGAACCAGUGGGCCUUUGAAUGAAGUUAAUGGAUUGAAGCUUGCAACCUUCUUCUCUACAAUGUCUAUAGGAAUAGGAGUCUGUUGAUAUCAAAGAGUUGCUCUUUUGUUUUGGCCGCAACUACUAGUAAGCUAAUUUAAAAACCUGUCCAUUCGUCUCAUUAGUGGUACUGUUUUUGUGCUCGUCAUUGGAAUUAAAGCAUAACUAUGCUGGUUUUGCUACUAAUGCUAUCGGUUAUCUUGAAACUUUCUAGUUUAUGCACAAUUUAUGAUGGUAUGAAACAACUUCUGCUGGUAUGGAAAUCAUUAUUUAUUGGGUAUGGAAAUAUACAUUAUCUA